GAUGCUGUCUCAAGCUUACGGGCCUCCUGGUAGCGGCAGCGGAGGAGGAGUGGCGGCGGCGGCGGCCCCGACCAGCGGGAUGCCUCCGGGCCCGGUUUUGAACGGAGAGCAGGCGGCGCUGCUGCGGAGGAAGAGCGUCAACACCACCGAAUGCGUCCCGGUGCCCAGCUCCGAGCAUGUGGCCGAGAUCGUGGGCCGGCAGGGUUGCAAAAUAAAGGCACUGAGAGCCAAGACGAAUACAUACAUCAAGACCCCUGUCCGUGGAGAAGAACCCAUUUUUGUUGUUACUGGACGCAAGGAAGAUGUAGCCAUGGCUAAAAGGGAAAUUCUUUCUGCUGCUGAACACUUCUCCAUGAUAAGAGCUUCACGCAACAAAAAUGGCCCUGCUCUGGGAGGGCUGCCUUGUAACCCCAAUCUGCCAGGCCAAACAACAGUCCAAGUCAGGGUGCCUUACCGUGUUGUCGGGCUGGUGGUUGGUCCGAAAGGCGCUACAAUCAAAAGGAUUCAGCAGCAGACCCAUACCUACAUAGUUACUCCCAGUAGAGACAAGGAGCCAGUCUUUGAAGUUACCGGCAUGCCUGAAAACGUAGAUCGUGCCCGUGAAGAGAUAGAAAUGCAUAUUGCCAUGCGCACUGGAAACUACAUUGAACUGAAUGAAGAAAAUGAUUUCCAUUAUAAUGGUACAGACGUGAGUUUUGAAGGGGGAAACUUGGGAUCUGCCUGGCUUACUUCCAACCCAGUGCCUCCUCCAAGCCGCACCAGAAUGAUUUCUAAUUACAGAAAUGACAGUUCCAGUUCUCUAGGAAGUGGCUCUACUGAUUCCUAUUUUGGCAGCAAUAGAUUGGCUGAUUUCAGCCCAACAAGUCCAUUCAGCACAGGCAAUUUUUGGUUUGGCGAAACAUUGCCUUCUGUGGGUGCAGAGGAUCUCGCAGUCGACUCUCCUGCGUACGACUCCUUGCCGACACCUUCACAAACCAUCUGGACACCAUUUGAACCCGUGAACCCGCUCUCCACGUUUAGUAGUGAACCAGCUAGUAACACAAAGGCUCCACGGAGAGGGAGUCAGCCCUCCACUCCUCGCCUCUCACCUACAUUUCCUGAAACCUUAGAACAUCCACUAGCACGGAGAGUGAGAAGUGACCCACCUAGUACAGUUGGGCAAGUUGGCCUUCCAGUCUACAUCCCUGCUUUUUCAAAUGGUACCAACAGCUACUCUUCUUCCAACGGUGGCUCCACGUCUAGUUCUCCUCCAGAGUUGAGACGGAAGCACGACUGCGUGAUAUGCUUUGAGAAUGAAGUAAUUGCUGCCCUGGUUCCAUGUGGCCACAACCUGUUUUGCAUGGAAUGUGCCAACAAAAUCUGUGAAAAAGAAGCACCAUCAUGUCCAGUUUGCCAGACAGCUGUUACUCAGGCAAUUCAAAUUCACUCUUAAAUAUAUAGAGAUAUUAUAUAUGGACUUUUUAAACUCUUAAUGGCUUGGAUGUAAUGGUACCCCCUAAGUAAACUUAUAAUGAACUCAGACUGU